GCCUUUAAUUUUUUUCAAAGUUGCCGUUGCGGUCUAAAUCCGGCGCUGCGAGGUUUUUUCUCGCUCCACCCUGGUCUCUUGUUUCGCUCAGAUCUGCCGGCGACCUCUGAUAAGACUCGCAGAUCCGAAGUCCUCUGUAAUCUUUCCGUUCUUGUGGAUCGGAAAGCAUUUUCUUUUACCGAAGGAUCUUAUCCAGAAAGAGGCAGAGACGUCCGUCUCCGGUUUUGUUGACUAAAUUCCCUCUCUUUUCCAUCGGAGUCGACGAAGAUCAAUGGGGGAAAACCCGGCGGCUUCACGCUAUGUGAAGCUAACCAAGGAGCAUGAUACGCCGAUCGAGGAGAUCCGCCCGGGAGAGCUUAAUCAGCCUGUUAGGGUUCCUCAGUUGGAAGUUCGUAAAUGUAAUGAGUGUGGGCAGCCGCUGCCAGAAAGCUACGAACCUCCAGCUGAUGAACCCUGGACGACUGGAAUCUUUGGUUGUGCAGAGGACCCUGACAGCUGUUUGACUGGGUUGUUUUGUCCAUGUGUACUGUUUGGUCGUAACGUGGAGAGGAUUAAAGAAGAUAUUUCAUGGAGACAACCAUGCGUUCUACAUGCUAUCUGUGUAGAAGGAGGUGUUGCACUUGCAGCUGCUACAGCAAUAUUCCAUGGUGUUGACCCUAGGACUUCAUUUCUUAUAGGAGAAGGACUAUUGUUUGGUUGGUGGAUGUGCGGUAUAUACACUGGUAUAUUUCGGCAGUCUCUGCAGAAGAAAUAUCAUCUCAAGAACUCUCCAUGCGACCCUUGCAUGACCCAUUGCUGCUUCCACUUGUGCGCAAACUGUCAAGAACACAGGGAAAUGAAGGCUCGUCUGUCUGAAAGCACUGUUACUCCAAUGACAGUCGUUAAUCCACCUGCCAUUCAAGAAAUGAGUGCAAAUCAGAACCAGGAAUCUGUAGCAUCUGGUAAUGGUGGGCUUCAGAAUCAGCAUGCAACUACUUUGGAGAUGCAGGCUUUGUAGGAAUGCUUAGGAUUUCUUUACAGAUUAAGGUUUCGUUUGGAACAGCUUUUUUGUGGCUUUUUAAAAUAGUUUUAGUAUAAAAAUUUUAAUUUUUGUAUUAGAAAAUUGUUUUAAGAAGCAUAAAGAAAGUUGUUCCAAAUGAAGCUGAAGACAAGUGAUUUGAUACUUGGCUCAGUUUAUACAGCUGAUUUUUUUUUUUUUUUUGUUGUUGAAGAAUAUCUCCAUCAAUACAGUCCAUUUCUUGAUUUCCCUUUGAUUAUAUUUCAAAUGGAAAGUUUAUGCUGAACUAUUCUUUUUA